UCGUACAAUUUAACCAUACUCUCUAUCAUACAUACUGUCACAUAGCAAUAAGUGUGUAUAGUUAGAAAAUAGUUUGGCUUUGUGUCUUACCGGAUACAAACACAUAAUUGUUUGUGCAAAGAGUUGAACACACCACGCAAUAGUGUGUUUUCAAGUGUAAACGAACGAACGCAAAGUGUAUUUAGGCAAUUGUUUUCAUUUGGUAUUUUUUUUUCUUUUUCAAAAAAACGUAAAUAAAACAUAAAAAGAAAAUACAUUUUAUCAAAGUGAGAUCGAAUUUAGCACAUUUUUCAAUUCAGAAUAUUGUUGGUAAAGCACAUUGAAAGAAGCAAAUCAAAUAACAAAUUUUGUGUUAAAAAAAAAAUAGACGAAAGCAUUGUGCCGCCAGAAAUCCACCAAACAUUUGUUGACAUACGCUGGCUUCUCCAAUUGAUCCGACCUAAGUCUCGGAUCAAUUAAAUUAAAUAUGACUAAGACAAGCGUGUAAAUCCGAUUUGUUUAAAUGAAAUUCUAUAUAAUUUAUUGACUGUAGCUUUAACAACAAACAAACGAAUAAAAAAAAACAAACAAAUAUAUUUUCAAUGCUGAUUCAAUAGAGUGUGAUACACACACACGCGCAUGGAGUGUGUGAUUGACUGGAGCAAAAUGUUUUGUAUACGGUUUGAGUCAUUCUUCGGUACAGGUUUUAGUUACACUAAAAUGAUUUUGUUGAGUUUAUUCAAUUAAUUCCAAUUAUGGUCGUGGAGAUAACGUAUUGACAUUAUGAUAUAUAAAAUCGAAACUAGUUAGAAAAUAGUUUUCCGUUGAAAGAGAAAGACACACCGUUGUGUACAGUGUUAAGUUUGUUAAUUUGGGUAGAAUUUUCGCGCGAUUGAAGAUUUCUUGAGCUAUUUUGAAAACAAACAACAACAACAACAAAAAAACAAUCCAAAAAAAGAAGCGUAUAGUGGUAAUAAAUGGGAAACCGUUCGUUUAAUCAUCUUCAUUUAAUAAACGCAUAAUUGUACGGCCGAAAUUGCCGCCAUAUCAGAGAUCCAAACCAAUUAAACGAUCGACGAAAAAGCAGAGAAUGAUUUCACAAACGAUAGUCAAAGAUUUGCCGAGAGGCACCGAGCUUCUUGAAAACCAAGUAGCUGGUCACACAUUUCAAAUUGGAACUGAUGAAAUCGGUAUGCUCAAAGAUCAACAAGAUGGUUCGGUGUUGAAAGCGGCUGUCAAACCGAUUUGUGGAUUGCGUGAGAUAAAAUUUUACGAAGAAUUAAUGAGAGAUUCAACCGAACCAAGUAUCGAGCAUUUGCGAAAACUGGUGCCUGAAUAUCGUGGUACGGUGAAAAUGUCAUUUCGUGGUAAAGUCAUUGACUUUAUCAAAUUGGCCGAUAUAACACACGAUAUGGACGAACCAUGUGUUAUGGAUAUUAAAAUUGGCAAACGUACCUGGGAUCCAGAAGCGACAAAAGAGAAAAUUUUAGCCGAAGAACAAAAAUAUGAGGCAUGCAAACAAAAUUUGGGCAUUUGUAUUCCUGGCUUUCAAGUAUACGACAUCAAAACGGACCGAAUUAGACGUUUUGGCAAAGAAUAUGGCAAGAAAUUGGAUCAAAACACCGUCAAAGAUGCGCUGAAAAUCUUUUUGAAUGCUGAUACUCAAAUGUCGCGAUUGCUAUUAACCAAAUUUCUAACAACACUAUGGUCGAUACAAAGCUGGGCACGAUCACAAACAUCACUUAGGCUUUAUUCAAGUUCCUUGCUACUGGCAUACGAUGCAAAACGAUUAAAAACACAAAUAUUCUCAAAUCGAAAUCAUAGCAACAGUUCGACAGUUAGCUCACGCUCAUCAUCAGUAGAUAGCUCUUCCAAAUUAACACCAACUUCGUCCAGUGGAAAUGAAUGGCAACCAUCGCACACAAAUACAGCCAAUGAAAUUAAUACCAAUCUUAAUGGAUGCACCAAUUCGAAUAAUUCCAACGGCAACAACAGCGGCAGUGGUGGUGGUGGCGGCGGUGUCAUCGAUCACACUGUUACCAGCACACAGCCCAUUCAAUUUUACAAAAAAUUGCAAAGAAGCCAUUCCACGCAAAAUAACUAUGAAGAGGAUAUGAAGCACAUUUGCAAAGACUACGAUUUCUAUUUGGACAAUUUAAUGGAUGAAUGUAAUGCAAGUGAAAACAGAGAAUGGGCAUUUGUCAAGAUGAUUGAUUUUGCUCACGUAUUUCCAGCCGAAGAUGCGUCCAUCGAUACGAAUUAUUUUUUUGGCAUAGAAAAUCUAGUAAAAAUCUUUGAAGAAUUUUUACGCGAAUGUGAUCAAUGAAACAAACAACCAACAAACCAACCAAUUUUCAAUCAAUACGAGUUUUUCUUAUAUGAAUCUAUUUUCACUAAUUACUGUAAUAUCUGUCCAUUGAUAAAUAGGAUAUUAUUCACUUAUUAACAUGAACAACAUUAACAACAAUUUGCAUUAAAUUUAUAUCGAAAUAUAUACCAAAUCGAAGCCAAACAAUUUCAAGAGAAAAACAAAAUGCUAUUUAAAUGAAAUUAAAAAUAUGAACAGCACAUGUUUAUACUACCUACUUAUAGAAAUAUUGAAUUAAUUUUGUAAAAAAACAGAAACACUUUUUUUUAUUUUUGAAUUUACAAAACGGAAAAAAUAAAAACAAACUAAACCAAAUGUC